UUGCUGUUUUUACUAAUUGGAUAUUGCAUCAAAACAGGCCAGAAUUCAGGACAAAAUGUGGAUCACCGAAUGAUGAAUCCUAGACUUACGCGCACAUUACGGAGUUCCAUUGAGAGAAAUGAGCAAAAGCUUGUCCUGAUAUUCUCCUACGAGAGAAGUGGAUCUUCCUUUUUAGGUUGGGCAAUAGAUCGUCAUCCUGCUGUGUUUUACAUAUAUGAACCAUUAUGCGAACAAUAUACCAAGAAAAUGGUCUUCCCAAGGAAAACUAAAAUUGAUGACAGAACACUAGAUCUAGAAGCUGAGGUUUACAAACAAAUUCAACUCUGUAAUUUGGAUAAUCUCCCAAGAGAAUGUGAUGUGAUGAAAGGCGGACACUUGGAAAAAAAGAAAUCCGCAAGAUAUAUAUAUAUGGAGGGAUUCUCAAAAUGUAUGCAAAGCAAUGAAGCCAAUCCUUAUGGUAUGGAGAAAAUAGAUCACUGUAUCCAAGGUGCGAUUGGGCUAUGUAAAUCAAGAUCGGUGUUACUAGCCAAAUUGGUCCGGGGAACAAUGGAGGGACUCUCUCACUUUCUAAAUACCCUCAAAUGUCCAGACAAUGUAAAGGUCAUCCACCUUUUAAGAGAUCCAAGGGGAGCGAUUAACAGUCGUGUAAGUACAAGAUGGACACACUUUCCAAACUGCAGCCAAAGUGAAAAAUACGACUUCAUAAGUGCUAUGUGUCAGCGUAUACAAAAAGAUAUAAACAUUAGACAUGAACUAGAAAAGAAGUAUCCAAAUAUGUUCGUGCAGGUCCGAUAUGAAGACUUGGUCGAGGAUGUGAAUACGACCAUUGGGGCACUGUUACAGUUUAUAGACUUGCCGUUCUUUCCAUACCAUCAAAAUACACUCAAAUCAAAGUCGGAAAAUUCCUCAGACUUUGUCAAUAAAUGGAAGCGCACACUUGAUAGGAGAUUACAGGAGAAGAUUGAUGAACAAUGUGUGGGAGUAUAUAACUUAUUGGGUUAUCAAAAAAUCGCAAAAUAUUGGUGAAGUUGUAAUUGUGACCAAUUGAAAUACAGGAUGU